GGAGGCUCCCACAAGGUCUGGGUCCCGCUGGGACCAGCCCGCUUGACGUGGGUGAGGGGCGCCCCACACUCUACAAUUCUUUUCCACCCUGUGGGCUUAAACCGCCUCUGAACCCGCUUAGUCCUUCUUCCUGCUGUGUGUGAACCUCUCCAAGGGGCAGGAGGCUCACCCCCCUCCCAUCACUCUAGGGUGCCUGAUCCACCCUCUGCGCUCAUGGGGAGGGAAAGGGACAGGAAGGUCACCGCUCCAGCCAAGCCACAGUGCCAAAUCCUCCUUGUUCCUUUGUUUUCCCCGGGUCAGGUUACGUUUUCAAACCAUCAACAGACUCUUAGUUUCCAGUGGAUGACAAAUUUGAAAAUUGGGUAGAGUCCCAAUGUGGCAACUUACAGAUUGGGUAGCCAAGGCAAGUCACUUACCUUCUCUGAACCCCAGUGUCCUUGUCCGAAUAAAAGGGCAGCUGUGAGUAGCUCUGAGCACAUGUUUAGGGUGAGCUUUCACCCUAGAGAUCUCAGCAACAGCAGCUCCGCCCCACCCUCCUGCCCUCAUCCGGCCCUGUCCAGGGUACUUCUGGUCAGGGCACAGGAAGAUCGGUUUCAUCUUCUUUCGUUUUGAUCAAUUCCAGACACCUGCAACAAACAAUGAGAUUAACAGCAGCCUUAAAACUGGCCCCUGCGGGGUUUGUGCACAUGCAUGGCUGCAGGACCUCAUUACAGGGAGAGGGCGAAGGAUGUCAGCUUCCCUCGAGUCCUUGAAUUCCAUAAUGAAACCUGCUCCAGCUGUCUCUACCGAUUCCAUUUUGUUUUCUUCUUUGGUCAAAUACAGAUAGGAGAAAAGAUCUCUCCUUCGCCAAGGCAGAGUUUUAAAAGCAUCACCUCAGGAUGCCAAGUGUUCUGGAAAAGAAGGUGGGCAGUGAAGGAGCAGGCAGAGGGAGGGCUGAGGGGCCCAGCAGCUCCUGGCUGGCUCUUCUGGCCUCUGUUUGAAAUUGGCUCAAAAGACAUGGAAUUAGUAGGCAAAGCUGUCUCCUCCUCCUCCUCUUAUCUGCAGAGGAGAGAUCGGUUCCUGGCUGGCCAGGGCAGUGUCAUCGAUACGGCUGGUGUCAUCGUUACCUUCCACUAACAGAUCACUUGACACCUGCCAGCUCGGGCAGGACUGGGCCUGGCCAUUGCUUGGCUAUGCUGGAGGCUUGGGCCAUUGUUCCAGAACCCCAGGAGAGGCCAAGACACAGGUGCUGCUGAGACGCCGUGCAUGGUGGCCCAACAGAAGGACUAGAUUGCUCCUGGCGGCUGCUGUCCCUUGCAGGGUCCCAGCUGCCUCUUUGGUUCCUGCUGCCUGGCCUCUUUCAUUGUCAGGAGCAGAGGAGAUGAGGCCGUUGUUGGCUGGGAGCCAGGGCGGACUGAUUCCGCAUGGAGAAGGGGCACUGGGAGUGGCUUCGGAGUGAGGGGGAGAGGAGCAACCUGGGGCAUCCCGCGCGGCCCUGCUCCCCUGGCUGGCUGCCUUUCCGGUGCGUGCGUCCCAGGCGGCAUCAUGCUGCAGCAGAUCCUGCAUGACAUGUACAUCGACCCUGAGCUCCUCGCCGAACUCAGCGACGUGCAGAAGCACAUCCUCUUCUACAAGAUGCGGGAGGAGCAGCUGAGGCGCUGGAGGGAGCGGGAGGCUUGGGAGGCCCUGGCCCAGGAGGAGGGUCUCAGGCCCCCAAAGGCCAAGCGAGCGAGUGGCAAGCACAUCCAGUGGCUCCUGGGGGCAGACGGCAACGUCUGGGUCUGGAUCAUGGGAGAAGGCCCGGGAGACAAGCCCUACGAAGAGAUCUCCGAGGAGCUGAUUGCAGAGAGGGCGCGGCUGCAGGCACAGAGGGAGGCCGAGGAGCUCUGGAGACAGAAGGAGGCAGAGAUCACCAAGAAGUUUCGGGAUGCUCUGGCCAAUGAGAAAGCCCGGAUCCUGGCGGAGAAGUGGAAAGUGGAGAUGGAAGACCGCAAGGCUGCCAAAGUCCUGGAGGAACGUAUCCACGAGGAAUUCAAGAGGAAGGAAGAGGAGGAGAGGAAGCGAGGGGAAGAGCAGAUUCGCCUCCAGGAAGAGCAGAGGGCGAAGGAGCUCUACUGGACCCUGAAGCAGGCCCAGCUGCACUGCCAAGCCAGCGAGAAGGAGGAGCGCGAGUGGGAAGAGCAGUUGCGCCGUUCCAAGGCUGCUGAUGAAGAGAGGAGCCGCCGAGCCCAGCGCGCCCGGGACGAGUACCGGCGCCACUCGCUCCGCGCCAUCCAGAAGGGCACCGUCGCCGGCCUCAGCUCCAUGUUCCGCGAGCUGGGCCAGAGCCAGGAGCAGGAGGCGAGACUCUACCACCACCUGCCGGGCCCGGGGCCGCCGCAACCCCUCCCUGUGCGGGUCAGCCGCACUUGGGAGCGCCCGCUGCGUCCAGUGUCCCGAGAUGUCAUCGUCCGCUGGUUUAAGGAGGAGCAGCUGCCCCGCCGCGCCGGCUUUGAGAGGAACACCAAGUCCAUCGCCCCCUGGUUCCAUGGGAUUAUUAGCCGAGAAAACGCAGAAGAUCUCCUGGAGAACAUGACCGAGGGAGCAUUUCUGGUCCGGGUCAGUGAGAAAAUCUGGGGUUACACCCUCUCCUACCGCCUGCAGAAGGGGUUCAAGCACUUUCUUGUGGAUGCCUCUGGGGAUUUUUACAGCUUCCUGGGAGUGGACCCCAAUCGCCACGCAACGCUCACAGAUCUCAUUGAUUUCCACAAGGAGGAAAUUAUCACUGUUUCGGGGGGAGAGUUGCUGCAGGAGCCCUGCGGACAGAGGGACAGCCCGCCAGACUACCACCUGUUGUUUGAAUGAUUUCUUUUUCUCCUGAUCAAUUGGAUUCCUUUGGGAACCCUCUUUUUGAACUCAGCUUAAGAACUUCCCAGCUCAAAUCCUGUGGACUUCUGGAAGAUCCAUCACCGCUCAGAGGAACAAGUAGACUAGCAUGUCUCAAGUGAUAUGAAGUAUUUGGCGUAUUUGCUGCUGGUCUCAUUCCGGUGCUCAGUACAGAAAUUGCUGAUAGCUGAUGCAACUCUUUCAUGAAGAGUUUGGCUAUGACCUCAGAAGAUAAAGCCUACUUGCCACAGCUACCCUAAUCUGAGCUCCUAGAGUGCAUGGAUCAUGUUUUAAUAAUCCAAAAUAAUUCCAGUGCCGAACCCUGAAUUUAACAUGGUUAAACAUUGGUAGACAUUCAAUAAAUGUUUGUUGAAUGAAUGUACUUCUUCUGAAAGUUUCUCAACACCAAAUCAGUUUCUAGUAAGGUAUUUCUUACUUGUCACUCUAUAAAAUCAUAGAAAUAAUGGAAGUGAGAUUGUAAAAGAUUUCUAUGGUGGACAUAGCUGCUGCAUCUUUUAUAAUAUUCGUUAUUACCCUUGUAGAUGUUAUCAUUGGACUUACCUAAGGUUCCUGAGCCCCAGCUUCCAGGACAGGUAAUCGAUACUGUCCUGUCUUCUGUAUUUAACCUCUUUUUCUGCCACCCUCCUCUGUCUUUGAAUUGUAUCUUGGCCAUGGUUUUGCAAUACUGAAGCAGUGGUUCCAUGUAUUCCUACAGAUGUACCUGGGGUGGAUUACAAAUGCAAGAAUGGUUUUUAGACAUAAGGCCUCUGCUCUCUAGGAUGGGGCCCUCUGUAUGCAGUUUAUUCAAAUGAUUAACUCUGUCCUCAUUGUCAUUUUGAUUUUGAUUCUACUGUCGCUUGAUCUGAGCAGGUUCCUCAGAUUAGCAGAAAGACUCUGCCGGAUGAUAUCUAUUUGUGCAUACUCGUGUUCUAUAUUCAUGGUCAUGUAAAUAGAGGCAGCAUAUUAUGAUGGGAAGAUUAUAGUGUCUAUAGUCAAGAAGAUUGGGGUUCAAAUCCCCACUCUGAAACUUCCUAGCAUUUUAAUGCUUGCAGCGUUAUGUUUGGUGAGAGGAAAAGGAUGAACGGCUCUGGGGAUGUCAGGGAACUGAUUUGCUUUACUUGGUAGCUGUAUCAAACGUCUCCCAUGCUCUGCUUGCUCCUUGCAUCGUUGGCUGAGUGUUUCCCACCAGCCACCACCACUGUCACUGAUUGUGCACAGGCUCUGCUCUGCUCACUGUGUUGUUCAGCCUCCUGUGAGCCUAAGCCAAUGGUACCUUGCCACAUGCCUCAUUUCCUGUUGCUACAGAGGCAUAAGACAGAGGGCUGGGAAGUUAAUGCCCCAUGCAGUAAUAAACCUUAGAUCAAUGAGAGUGAGAGGCUGGCAGAUGAAUUCCUCUCCCUUCUUCCUCCUGGCGGGACUGUUCUGUGAGGUAGCUCUUCACAUGGUCUCUUAGGAGACAGUCUUGCAAGAUCCAGUGACGAUGAGUCAUGACGAAACCAAGCAGUGACACGAUCAGUGUGACCCCUACUUGUUCUUCCUACUUCUCUGCCUCCCCCCCUCCCCCCUGCUCCUCUGGGAUUGAACUCCUGGGUGAAGUAGCAGCACAUAAGCUUCUGCCACAGGGGAGCCCAAGAUAAGGACUCAUCAUACAAAUGUGUUCAAUAAUAACAAUUUUGCAGCCCAGCUCCGUUGCCUGCCUCCUGUCUGUCUCACUGAAUGCAUAAAAUGAAGUGACGGAGGGGACCCACUUUUUGUAGUCUAAAGUGCCUUAAAACUGUAACCAAUUAUUAUUAAAAUUACCUUAUUUCUAUUAGGACUCAGAGGAACCAAGUUUUAGUUUUGGUUCUGCUACUUACCAAUUAUAUGACUUUGUUCAAGUCAUGUAACUCCAGGAAACCUCCGAGCAACUGAGAGAAUUUUCCGUAUGGUCACCACGGGGUUUUUUGACAGGUCAGCUAAAUGGUAGAUAUGAAAGCUCUGUCCAAAUGGAAGGUGUUGCUAGAAGCCACCACAAGAACAGCAACAACGAUUUCAUGCUUAGCAGCGAUGUGUCAGGGGAUAUGAUGUGAUGAUUUUCAAGGUGUUGGAAGAAACUUCUUCUGUUCCAAGAACUAGCAGCAGCUUUGAAAGCAAACCAAGAUGGGUUGAGACCUUGACUCCCUGGGUUGUUGUUCCUGUCACCCCUAAUUAAUAUGUGAAAGACAAUGGCUGAGUUUUCCAUCCCUAACACAUUUAUUUCAUUUUAUUUGGGGCCUGCACUUUCUGCAUGUCUCAUAUAUUUUAGGUUUUACCUGGCUUUAA